GGGAAAAGACAGGAAAAACACUGGAAUUGAUUUUGAAUCUAUUUUUUGUCCAGGCUGUAAUGCCAGAACAAAUCAAAUUCAAAAUGAAUGGGGUUAUUCCAAGUGUGCCAAUUACUACCCUCGCUGGUAUCGCCAGUCUUACUGACUUGUUAUCUGAAAUGCCUCUACCAACACCGCUGCCCCAAACUCUGACAAACAAGUCUCUCCUGUUUCAUCCAAGAGUGGCAGAAGAAGCACAAAUAUUGUUAAGCGUACGAGAUGAAACUUUAGUGCCCCAACUGAUAUGUUCUUUGUCACAAACGUCGUCGGAACAUAUAGAAUUGAAGGAUAAUUAUGCUAAUACUGAACAACCCUUGGAAUCAGAGCAGAAUACGCCGGAAUUGUUGAAAGCCAUUCUACAGUUAAAUCCACACGUGUUUAAAGGACCUCAGUAUAAUUCUCCAAGAAAUUGGUCUCAGGGUACUCAGCAGAUGCAUUCUAAUCAAUCACCAGCAAAUUAUGGCCGCUUCUCACCAUCUUACUCCAAUUCUUCAGGGUCCAGGCAAACGCCACAAGGUAGUCCUGCUCAUCCUGCUGCAGCUAGAACCGUACUCCCACCACCUAGCGGUAUCUCGCACGCGCAGCACCCAAGAAUGCCAGUUACACCUCAAAAUCAUGCAGAUAUUUCACAAAUGUCUCCUUUUGCCGUGCCUUCUCCAUCUCCUAGAGGAAAUGUUAUGACGGAACAAACGAGAACAUCUACUACGCCGCAGCAUGUACAGGAUGACUCCAGUUGUACAAAUCCUCUGUCGAAUAUAGCUCCUCAACCAAAUAUGUAUUCUCCAGCUCAUAUGAGUUCGCCUAGUACACCUUUGUCGUCUGUGGGUAAUGUAACGCCUCAACACCAUAAUAUGUCUGGUAUGACGCCGCAACACAAUAUGCACAUGACUUCUCCAAUGCGUGCAAAUAUCCCUAUUCAACAGCAACAACAACCAAUGAACAUGCAACAGAAUGUCUAUGAUCCUACGAUAAAUCAACAAGUACAUCAUUCGUUGCAAAGUAACGAGCAUAUGGAUAUUAAUAGCGGUGUUCAAGCUAAUCAGCAGUUUCUAUUAGAUCCAGUUACUGGCCUUCCUGAAAUAGAUUUACCAAUAGAGAAUAUUGAAACAAAACCAAGCAUAGAUAAUACACCACAAAAUCUAUUGUCAGGUUCGCAGACCACCACGUCAUAUCCAAAUCUUCAUGGUGUUAAUGUUGUUAAUACUUUAGAUCCUACUAAUAUUAUACCAAUGCAGCAGCAUCAACAAAACAACAAUUCAGACAAAAUGUUAAAAAUGCCCACUAUACCGACAGACAAAAUGAAAGAACCUGUUGUUAUGUUGAAUAGAUUAUCUGUAGAAGAUCAGACUCUUAUGCAAAAAAGUUUAGCUGCAUUUGCUGAGAAAUCUCCUAAUCGUGCAGCAAGAAUGGGAAUAACCAAUCGUGAUGAAGUUAAGAGCGAAUCUGACAGCGAAGAAGAAAUAGGUAAACACAAUAAAUAUUUUAAAGCACGUGCAAAGGAACGUCAGGUUCAAAAAGAAAAAGAAAGAGCGGAAAGGAAGAAAAGUGAAGAUAAAAUUCGUAGGAGAAGAAGAAUAUUGGAUGACGAUGAGGAGGAUGAAAAGAAGGAAGGUAUAUAUUCGCCUUCAAAAGCUAAAAUAAGAAAGGUUGAGAAAAAACUAGUUCCAGUUCUAUCUAAAUUAAGUGUAGAAGAAUUAAUGGAAACUAAUACGUAUCAACGAUUUAACUCAAACAUAGAAACAAUAUUUGAAAAUACAGAAGAUGUUGCGACUAAUGCAGAAUUGGAUGAAGAUGGUGAUGUGCCUCCAGAAUUACUUAUUCCUAAAUAUCAAUUACAUGAUUUAUGUACCGAAGCGGCUAAAUUGAAAGCCUUAGGAGCAAUGGAGUCUAUUCCUGCAGAUAGAUUGGUUAGAUUACUAAACAUAUUAGAGAAAAACAUUCGUGAUGGAGCACGAGUAUCUCCCUUAGCAGAUCCUGAUGACGACGUCGAAGAAAGUAGAUUGUGGACGCAGUUGGCUAUGGAAAGGGUACAACGUGCUGUAGAUGCCUCUUUGAUAUCCUUACAUAUUAUGACAUCAAGUAAUAUGCCGAAGACAGUUUAUUUGGAAGAUGUAAUUGAUAGAGUAGUUCUUUUCAUGAAAUUUCAAUUGCAAAACACUAUCUAUCCUUCAUUUGACCCUGUUUAUAAAAUAGACACAAAAAACAAGACUGACAAUUAUAAUUCUAGUGGACGUAAAAAAAGGGGCCAUAUGAAGGAAGUUCGAGAAAAGAGUAUACUUCAAGUUUAUAACAAAAUGCACGAAUUGGUUGGUCUACUCGCCGAAUUAUUAAAUAUUCAAGUGUUAACGGAUACCAGUGUUCUUCAUGCAUCAACAUUAGGUGUAGCACCAUUUUUUGUUGAGUCCGUUAGCGAUCUUCAAUUAAGCGCUUUAAAACUUGUCACUGUAAUAUUUACCAAAUAUGAAAAGCAUAGAAGAUUAUUGUUAGAUGACAUUUUGGCAUCAAUAGCGAGACUUCCUAGUAGCAAGAGAAGUUUACGCACAUAUAGGCUAAAUUCGGAAGAUCACAUUCAAAUGUUAACAGCAUUAGUAUUACAGCUUAUUCAAUGCGUCGUGGUGCUCUCUGACAAUGUUGUACCACAAUCAAAAGGAUCUAUAAAGGAAGAGGAUGAUAAGAAGGAAGAUAAAAAGGAAGAGAAAAAGCUUAGUUACGUUGAUGCUGAUGUCCUAAUUAUAAAUAAGUACGAGACAGCGACUAGAAUAGCUGGUAAUUUUUUAACUGUUUUCCUUAACAAAUGUGGAAGUAAAGGAGAAGAAAUUGAUUAUAGACCAUUAUUUGAGAAUUUUGUACAGGAUUUAUUAGCUACGGUGAAUAAGCCUGAAUGGCCUGCUGCGGAAUUACUUCUGAGUUUACUUGGAAAUUUAUUGGUCGGACAUUUUUCGAACAAAGGUUCGGAUAUGUCGCUUAGAGUUGCUUCUAUUGAUUAUCUUGGAGUAGUUGCAGCUAGAUUAAGAAAAGACGCGGUCAGUUCUCAAUGUAAAUUGUCAACCAUCGAUCAGAUCAUAAGGGACAUUAAAUUGGAACAACAAAAGGAUGCAGAUUAUGAUCAUGUGAAGGACAAGGAAAUCGUAGGAUUGAGCGACGAUGAAGAGAGGAUAGUCUUUUUACAAAAAGUACUUUUAGAUUAUUUGGCUGUUAACGGAACAAAGGAUUCAGCUUUGGUAUGUGCUCGUCACUUUUAUUUGGCUCAAUGGUACAGAGACUGUGCAGUAGAAAAAUCACGCGUAGGACAAUCAAAGAAUAGUCCAACUAAAAAGACACAUAAGAAGAGAGCUAAGAAAAAGAACAAACAUCAUAGCAGUGAUCAGGAAAGUGACUCUGAAGCUGACGAUCAGGAUGCGGAUGAAAACGACAAUAAUGAGCAGAAAAAUUCAGAAGCUUAUAGGCUUAUAGAAGAAAAGAAGAAAUAUAUUAUUACCAGAAUUAGACCGUACAGUACAGGACAUAAGCCGGACGUUUUGCAAACUUAUAUCGAUUACAAUUCGGCUGAACUCAUAUCUCAGUAUCUUGCAUCAAAAAGACCAUUUUCUCAAAGCUUCGAUCGUUAUCUCAAACAAAUACUUCACGUAUUAACAGAAUCAUCUAUCGCAAUUAGAACAAAAGCUAUGAAAUGUUUAACCAUGAUCGUCGAAGCUGAUCCAAGUGUACUUGCGAGAGUUGAUAUGCAGCUAGGAGUGAAACAUUCGUUUCUCGAUCAUUCUACAUCUGUACGAGAAGCAGCUGUUGAUUUAGUAGGAAAAUUUGUAUUGAGUAGACCAGAGUUAAUAGAUAAAUAUUACGAUAUGUUGCUAGCAAGAAUAUUGGAUACAGGUGUCAGUGUUAGAAAACGUGUUAUUAAGAUCUUGAAAGACAUUUGUAUGGAAUGCCCAGAUUUUCCUAAAAUUCCCGAAAUUUGUGUUAAAAUGAUCAGAAGAGUGAAUGAUGAAGAAGGAAUAAGGAAAUUAGUUAUGGAAGUUUUUCAAAAUAUGUGGUUUACUCCUGUUAGAGAACGACCCACUCUUGAUUCUGAAUCAUUAUUAAGAAAGGUCAUGAAUAUUACCGAUGUUGUGGCUGCUAGCAAAGAUAUGGGUUUGGAAUGGUUUGAACAACUGCUGGUUAGUUUGUUUAAACCAAAGGAAGAUAAAGACGACAGCACGAAAAUGCAAACUGAACCACCUAAGGCAUUGUUGACGGCAUGCAGACAAAUCGUCGAUUGUUUAAUAGAAAAUGUUCUAAGGUUAGAAGAAACUAAUCUAGGAGAAGUGGGUAAAUCAGAGAAGAAAGGAUCGUCACAGCGACUAGUCGCUUGUUUAACUACGUUGUAUCUAUUUGCAAAGAUCCGACCACAACUUUUGGUUAAUUAUGCUAUGACUUUACAGCCUUACCUAAAUUUGAAAUGUCAAACACAAGGAGAUUAUCAAAUAAUAAGUAGCGUUGCGCACACUCUCGAGUUGGUAGUACCAUUGAUGGAACAUCCAAGUGAAACAUUCUUAGCACAGUUAGAAGAGGAUUCGGUUAAAUUAAUUUUACAACACGAUAGAUCGGUCGUAGCGAGUUGUUUGUCGUGUUUAGGUUCUAUAGUGAACAAUGUUACGAGGAACUUUAAAUUAAUACGAGACUGUUUUAAGAAAUAUUAUGGCCAUUUAACGGAGUACAAAUCGCUAUUUGAGAAAGAUCCAUCUAAUCCAAUGUUAUUAAAGUAUAGACCAUUUUUCAGAAGAGCAUUGUUCACAGUCGGUCUGCUGCUGAGGCAUUUUAAUUUUACCGAUCCGGAGGUCAUCGAGGGUUUGGCAGACAACAUAAAGGAUCAAGUAUUUGAAACAUUAAAUUAUUUCGUCCAUCAAGACAAUGACGAUAUACGUCAUUUCACACUAUCAGCUAUUGGUUCUCUUUGCAUACGACAUUAUGAAUUCAUGAUGGUUCCUGAAUUGAAGGAGCUUUAUCAUCAUUUACUUACAUCUGAGAAUGCAUUGGUUCACAUGAGAAUUCAAGUUUUAAAUAACAUCGAGAUAUAUCUUCAGGAGGAAGAAAAGAGAAUGAUAAAGCAGGAUUUGGAAUGGUCGAAGAUGUCAAAACAAGAAAACUUGAAAGAAAUGGGAGAUGUUUCAUCGGGAAGGGCUAGUACUGUAAUACAGCUUUAUAUCAAACAAAUAUUAGAAUCUUAUUUACACGUAAACAUAAGCAUUAGACAUGCUGCCCUUAAAGUAAUACAAUUGAUCUUGACACAAGGUUUGGUGCAUCCUGUGCAAAUAGUACCUUAUCUGAUUUGCAUGAGCACGGAUUGCGAAAAAGUUGUAAGUCACAGUGCAGACAAACAGCUGCAGGAUAUCGAGAAGAAGUACCCUGGCUUCAUUCAUAUGAAGUCACAGAUUGGUAUUAAACUGAGUUUUCGAUUACAGAAGAUAUUACAGAAUGACAACACUGUAAGAGGUAUGCGAAUCAAAGAGGGCGAAUUUCCAGGUGCACUCAAUGGUUUUCUAUAUACUAUCUUAAGGAAUACGAAACAACAGAGAAGGGCGAUUGUUUUAUCGUUUUUAAAACAAUUCGAUGAAUGCGCCAAAACCAGUUUAUCUCAAAUGUUGUACUUGGCUGAUAAUCUUGCUUAUUUCACAUAUCAGGUACAAGACGAGCCGCUAUUUAUCAUCCAUCAUAUCGAUAUUAUCAUAUCGAUGUCAGGUACAAACUUGCUGCAGUCUUUUAGAGAAGCCUUGCUGCCUAAGGAAGGGAGUAAUCAAUCGACGUCGCAUCAUCAUCAUCAUCAUCAUCACCAUCAUCAUCACAACCAACAGCAGCAGCAGCAGCAGCAGCAGCCAUUUCAACAACAACAUCAACAACAGAUGCAGCAAGACGAACAGCCUCGUACAGAAAAUCUGUUAUCUUUGGUAGACGAGGAAGACGACGAGGAAGACGAAGAAACGAUUCUUGGAAGAUUACCAAAUGAUACGACUUUGCUUCGAGAGUACAUUACAGCCAGUCAAGGUUUUCUCUUGUUACUUACAUUGAGACAACAUUUAAAAGAUCUUUAUGGUUUCUCCGAUGCAAAAAUUGGUCAAUAUUCGCCAUCGGAAGGGGCCAAGAUUUACGAGAAAGCUGUGAAUCGUAAAAAUAAUCUCUUAUUUAAACCCAAGGCGACGUUACAGAGGCUGAAGGAAGGUGUAAAUACUGCGGAACUCGACACAGAGGGUAGGAAAAAAUUGGUUAAGGAGUACUUGGACUUUAAACAAUUAAUGCUAAAGUACGAUCCUGAAGAACCAGAUGAAGGAGAGGACGGUGAUACUAGUGGUAAACAAUGUAACACGGAUAAUAAUCAAUCAUCGAGGAUUCCUAAUCUCGAGGGUGAUAAUAAACUGACCGAUGGUGCAGUGACGAGCAAUACUUUGGUAAAUGCUCAAUAUCAUCCUAAUUCUACGAUGAAUUCGUCUAUCGAGCACUCGAACAAUUCAAUGAAUUCAUCAUUGACAUCGACUCCGACGUCUCCACGUGUACCCAAACUUACCAUACACCCGACGAAUCCUGACAUGAAGGAACAUCGUAAGCAUCGUUCGCACAAGACGGAAAAAGUGAAGAAACAUAAGAAGAAGAAGAGGAGAAGAAUCUCCGAUAGUAGCGAAAGCGGGGAGGAUUAUAGUGACCCUGAUUUUCUAGUGUGAUGAUGAGUGCGGUGGUAUCGGGCCCUGUGUGUACAUAGACUUAUACUCCUUCGGAGUUUUUAGAAUAUUCAAAGAGCUGUUCUGGUAUCUCCAUAUGAACAUAUAUAUAUCUAUAUAUAUAUACAUAUACAUUAUUAUACACAUACAUAUAUAUGUAUAUACUGUAUAUCAGAUCAGAUGAUUUUUAUCAAUGAUAUACCAGUGCUGCUCUUUAGACGCUCGAUUAAAAAAAAAAAACAAACAAACAAACAAACAAGCGCAAUGAACUUUUGUUAAAGUGAAAUGGGACGAUUCUGCAGAAAAGUACUAACACAAAAAACAAAACAAAAGGAUAUACUGUAUAAAGUGAGAGAAAGUAAAUGAUAGAAUUAGAGUAUGAGAGUGUGUGUGUGUGAGAGAGAGAGAGAGAGAGAGAGAGAGAGAGAGAAAGAAAGAAUGAGAUUGGUGGUGCUGCGGUUAAUAUAUGCGUGCGAGAAAAAUCUUCGAUGCAAGCGAAUUAUUAUUUUGUGAAAAGCACACUUUGAGUCGUUUUUACGUAAUUAGAAUUACUUUGUUUUAUUAAAAAAAAAA